UUUCCCGCCAAUAAUUUUCAAAUUACAAAAUCUAUGUGUUUCCUUCCGGAAUGACAUAAUAUUAUCAUAGUCCAAAUUAUUUUCUUUUUUUUUAUAUUUCUUUUUUUUUAUAUUUUCUUUUUCAAUCGCUUAGCGUCUAUUACGUGACUGGGGAAGAAUGAUCGAUAAGAGUAGAAAAAAGAAAGAAAAAAAUUCUUCAACUUACCGCAUACCAUGGAUUUAGAUUUUUUCGUACGUAAUAAGCACCUAGCCAUCCACCGAUAUUUGGAUGGACUACGCCAAUUACUACCGGUGUACUAAUUACGAGCAGAAAACAGAAUUACCGAGAAUAAUUCAAACUCAAUUGGAUUUAAAACAAUACAAUAUACAUGGAACGAUAUAUCGACUCGAUUGUAAUAAAUGUAAUCAAUUUGUAGCUAUAAAAGUGAACGAUAAUAUUUUAGAUAUAAAUAAUAGUUUUCAAGACAAAUAUGAAAAUAAUUGGAACGAGGUGAAGACCAAUCAAGAGAGAUUAAUUUAUUAUAUACUAUGUCGAAUUAUUUAUAUUGAACUUGAUACUCCUAAACCGGAAAAAUUAGAGACGCCAUAUGAUUAUGCUGAUAAUUUUGAUAUCGUUUUAAUUAGAUGGGAAAAUGGGAUACCUAUCGGUUUUUAUACCGUUAAACCUAAAGGAACUGAAGUUUAUUCGACAAAUGAAAGAUAUACGAUGCCAGUAUUAGAUACGGCAUAUAUUCGUUCGAAAUAUAGAAAUAAAGGAUUUGGUACCGAAAUUUUAUUUGAUAUGAUUAAACGUUUUCCAAACGAGGAUAUUGGAUUUUCUAAACCAAUUUCUGAUAAUAUGUUGAAAGUAUUACAAAAAUUUUUAAGAAAUUGCAAGGAAUAUAGAUUACGAUUUUGGGAAAUAGCUGAUUGGGAUAUUUAUGAUUCGCAAAAAUUAAUAUGGUUUGGAGUAAAAGAUAAAUUACUUUAACGAAGAAUAUUUUGAUUUUAUUUAAAAUGCAAAGCUUUUUUGAGAAUUAUAAUAAAAUAUGAAUAUAUUUUCUAAAGGAAAAUAUGUUGUUAUUGUACAUAUAUCUGAAAUAAAAUAAAUUGAACAUAAUAA